AGUCAGAUCUGAUUUCUUCCAUCGGACACCCCCCCUUUCAGAGUCUUUGUCGCAAAUCUCCAUCAUAACGCCGUCCAUCAUCUCCUAACAAACAACAUGGGAAUUGAGGAGCGGCAAAAGGCCUCAUAUUGGCGCUCUCCGUAUUCAAUCUCGUCGAUCCGCACCAAGUCCUUGCGCUGCCCCUGGUGUCAUUUUCAGAUCCGGUCAGCCGGCCCCCACCGAGCCCUGUCCAACCCCGUACUAUGAUGCCUCGUUCUUCUCACCAGGGCCAAUUUGCUCGGUCCAGACUGUUGGCCUGUGGCAGUUUGAACGACGUCUUCAAGGGCAACGGCGAAACUACGGGCUCCUCUCGACAGCACCCGAGUGAUGCUAUCUCCCCUGGCGCCGCUCAGAGUUCUCAAAAGAGCAAAAGGGCAUCUAGAAGUGAUACUGUAAUCGAUCCCCGUCGCCAUGCCUCUGCUCGCUAGACCCAUGCCCCAACCGCCUUUUUCUUUGCCACAGAUGUUAGGCAAAGGCUUUUGGACAGAAUGUCGUAUUGUGGCUGCAGGUAAGUCCAAGCCUCUUUUUCCCUCCAAAGGAAACACUUACCUCUUUCUGGAUCUCUGUGACGAUCGUCCUAAUGGCCCUUUUCGUUCCCACCCCGGUCAGCCCUGGCUCUCUGGGACUAUAUCUCCAGUCCGACGUUGCCCCUGGACCUUGGUUGGAAGAGCGCGUUUGCCACACGCCAAAUUGCAAGGUUUGACCUCGUGGUCCUAUAGAUGUGUCAUGAUAGCCUGGCGGUGGCUCGAAACGCAUCAAGAUCCCUCUCUGCACAUGUAAGUAUCGUCUAAGGAUUUGCAAGUCCUCUUGUGAUUCGUCUGUCUGUCACGCACUUUCUCUCUCCUUGAAUCACUUUCGCCUGCGGACGACUACAGCCACAUCUCAUCGCAGCUGCCCUCUAGGUAUAUAGUGUACCUCCAGGUGCUGUGGCUGGGGUUUAUUUCAAUAUUUCACAAUCCACGAGUUUUCGGAAUCCUCCUCUCCACAAUCCCGUUUGGAAGGGCUUGCUAUGUCGAGCGUGACACCGUCGGUACCUUCCCCUCACAGCAUUUUCAAACCGGACAGUAGAGGGACCUUGUCGAGUCGAUUUGACAAUCUCUCAUCGAUUCCCCGGUCGAUAUCGGAGCAUGUCACGCCAGGUGUUUGGGCUUGAUGGGCUCAAUCUGGCCGAGGAGGCGCAAAUCGAAGGCGCCAUCCGGGAAGUCAGGCGCAUCGCAGACACGAAUCCUUCUGCCCCAGAAUCCUGGGAACAACGGCUGCACAUUGCCCGGACGGCCAUCGCAAUGCUCGACGCAACAGGGUUCGUACAGAUGCCUAAUCGAACCACUGACCGUACAUUCGUUGUCACAACGUUGCAGCGGUUGGCUUAUCAUGAUGCGGAGGGUGCUGGGGUCCCUGAUAUCGCGGAGUGGUGUAUGAACCAGUGGUUGUUGUUGCUGCAGAGAAACGCUGAAGAUCUUUCCGCGCUCAGGGGACUGGGUCAGGCGUGGCUAGCUCGAUCUCAGAGCGUUCUCGCACGAAUCCAUCGCACCGAAGGAAGCUCCUCCAGCGGCAGCAGCGGCCGUCCUCAGAGUCUAAGCGAGAGAUUGUCAUAUUCGACGGCUGAAGAGUCGAGGGAUGCAGAACGAGCAACUGCCGAAGCUGACGCCAGAGCACACACGGCCGAUUAUGUGGAAGCACGCGGAAUGCUCAUUCCGGCGGUCGACUAUUUCUCUAGGGCUGUCGACGUGGCCGAAAGAGAUGGAGAACUCGCAGGGGAGCUGCUCUCAGAGGCGGCUGAAGCGAACAUGAGUCUUGGCAACGUCUCUUACUCCCAUCAGAACGAGCAAUACUUCCACAGGGCUAUACGGUACUUGCGGCGAGCAUCGCAGAUACCCGGAUUUCGCUUAUCUGCUUACCUACAGAGUUACCUCGAUGAUUUUGGACGGUUGGUAGAUUGACCCUUUCGGUCGGGCUUGAAGCCUUUCUCACACCACCACGCAUGAAGGGGGAAUAGGGACCAAGGUUGCAGGCAACCAAAGCGCUGGCGCACAUCGUAUUCGAUUGAUUGUUUUGCCACAUGUUCUGCCGUAUCAAUCUCCUGUAACCAGACAGCCACAGCCAGGGGUAUGUUGUCACAUUUUUGGAAUGCAACGGAAAAAUUUCCCCUUCCCUUUCCUCUCGCUCUCCUUGACCAAUCGGACAAAGCGACCUGCAUGGCCCCAGGAAGACCCUUGCCUCACGACCUCUGCCUAUACCAACCACAAUCCUUCAUCCGCAUUCACUAUUUUCGCGACCCCGGACUGAGGCUGCGUGUACUAUCGUAACCUUACAAUCAACAGAUACGCCAUAUGCC